GCUCCAGAUUACCCUGGAAAUCCAGCACCUUCCGCUGCACGUUCUUAAAAAAAGACCUGCCCACAUCUCAGUCUCGCUCACUCUCAGCCGAAGGAAAGGUGGUGGAGCAGAAAGCGCUGGCUAGGUGGGGGCAGAAGAAAUGGACAGGAGCCAGAUUUAAAAGGCUGCUGUAUGCCGAGCAUUUCAUUAUUUUUUAUCCGUUUUAAUUUCAGACAGUUCUUGGCGCGCAUUGUUAAGCAUUUGAGAUUUUUUUUAGCCUGCAGAGUUCAGAGUGUCCCUUAUGGGUUGUGAGAGGUUCCUGAGCUCUAGAGGUGCUGUGAAAGGGUUUUUGCAGCCGGCUCUUUGCAUUUGCGAAGUGGGAGCAGUCAUAUCACAAGAAGAAGAGACCAGGAAAGUUGCGUGAAUGCAGAAGAGGCUGUUGAAAUAACAGACGUGUGAUUUCGUAUAAACGGGAAAUUGAAGAAGAACCCUUUUGAAAAAUCUGAAAAGACAUAACUAAAGGAGAUAAGUGGGUAAAGAAGUUGCUGGACACUUGUUGGAUUCUGGCUUUAGUUGGAUACAGUUUUUUUUAAAUUUCAGAAUCCAGAAUUUGACUAAUUGACAUGAUUUUAUAGUUUCCUUAAUUAAAUUAAAAACCUGCCUUACAUAAAUCUGUUUACAGAAACAAAAUUUUACAGCUAAAGCCAUUUCCUCCAAAGCCCAAGAAAGUGGAGAAAGAUCCCAGAACCAAAUUUAGCUGCUGAUCCUUCCUUCCUGAUUCCUGGUUCGAACUCCUCCCCUCCCCCUCCUGCUGAUUGGCUGAGAGACGAUGGACGAGGAGACGGACAGCCCGCGGAGCCGCUCAGACAGCACGGCCAGCACGGCCUCCCUGCCGGGGGCCGGCCGCCUCCUGCUGCGGCAGCGGGUCUCCCAGCUGCUGGCCUGUGUGGAGGACCUGAGCGCGGAGGAGUCUGAGAUCCACGCCCAGGUGUCCCGCACGCUGGACGAGGCCUUCCUCCUCUGCGGCCUCUGGAGUGGGACCGACCCCUUCAGGCUGCACGUGGUCACAUGGAACGUGGGCACUGCGGAACCCCCCAGUGAUGUCACCUCCCUGCUGGAGCUGGACUCCCAGGAUGCAGUCGACCUCUACGCGAUUGGUCUGCAGGAGGUGAAUGCGGCUCCUGUGAGAUUCAUUGUGGAUCUGGUCUACGAGGACUCCUGGAGUCAAGCAUUUAUGACUAGUCUGGCACCAAUGGGCUAUGUAAAGGUCUCCUCCAUUAGAAUGCAGGGACUCCUCCUGUUGAUCUUUUCCAGGCUGACCCAUGUCCCCUUCAUUCAGGACAUUCAGACCACUUUCACACGCACCGGCAUCUUUGGCUACUGGGGCAACAAGGGCGGGGUGUCUGUGCGUCUGUCCUUCUACGGCCACAUGCUCUGCUUCCUCAACUGCCACCUGGCGGCGCACAUGCAGUACGCCACGCAGCGGGUCGACGAGUUUGAGUACAUCCUGGACUCGCAGGACUUCGACAUGCACAACACGCCGCAUGUACUGGACCACAGGCUGGUCUUCUGGUUCGGGGAUCUGAACUUCCGGAUUGCAGAUCACGGCAUGCAUUUCCUGCGGUCCGCCAUCAACAGCAACCGCUUGAAUCUACUGUGGGACAGAGACCAGCUGACGAUGAUGAAGAAGAAGGAGGCCUUCCUGCAGGAGUUUGAGGAGGGACCUCUCACUUUCAGGCCCACGUACAAAUUUGAUCGGUUUUCCGAGAACUACGACACAAGGCCACAGAAGACUUGGUUGGGGUUUAAUAGUAAGAAGAGGAAGCCGGCUUGGACUGACAGGAUCUUGUGGAGAGUAAAGCCCAAAGAGAACGGGGAGGAGCGGACCAAUUUGGAGGACGAAGACGAUGAACUUUCCCUUAAAGUGUCACAGGACACUUACACCUGUAACAUGGACUACGGUGUGAGCGACCACAAGCCCGUUAUCAGCACUUUCAGGCUGGAGCUGAAGAAGAAGUUUGGGACCCCGCUGGUCCGGGUGAGUGCAGAGGGCGAGUGGAGCGCGGACCACGACGCCAUAGCAACCUACAGCAUUCUGGAACCCUUUCCCUCCAGCACCUGGGACUGGAUCGGCCUCUAUAAGACUGGGUUCAAGAGUCCCAGAGACUACGUCACCUACACCUGGGUGAAGGACGAUGAGGUGUCUAGCAGCGAUGAGAUUGUAAAGGUUUACAUGAGUAAGGAGGAGAUCCCGUUGCUCGGAGGCGAAUACAUGCUUUGUUACUAUAGCAGCAAUAUGCAGAGCAUUGUGGGUAUCAGCCCCCCUUUCCAGGUGCAGGAGUCCAAGGCGGCCAUCGAACAGGGGUUGGUGCCUGAGAACAUCAAUGGAUUGGACAAGCUUACUGCAAAGUAAUGCAGGCGGACCCCUGUGCGGGCACGCCCCGCCCCCUUCCUUGGAACAAUCUGAUAGGCCACACCUCUCUGGAACCACGCCCACUCGUUUCCCAGAAGCUGGGAGAUCUGUUUGCGCAGCUGUGCUUCUGCCGUUUCUCCUGAAGAUCCUCUCUAUGAAUAAUACUGAUAUCAGUGGUUCUCUCUUGCUCUUAAAGAUCGUCCUCUUGUAUGGUAAAGCAUGUGGUAUCUGAAGCAGGUGUUUACAGACAUGGUCCUGGGACCACCCUGUGUCUGCUGGUUUUUGUUCUAACCACAAUUGCAAUCCCAGAAUUUUAACAAGCUGUUCAUUUUUCUUAAUUAGCAAAAACCGGCAUAAACAGGGGGGCCCCUAGGAAUGAGUCUGGGAAACCCUGAUCUAAAGGACUGAAGGUGAUUAUAAAGUGAGGUUUUGUGCAAUGUCAUUGGAAAUGGUUGUGUAGAGAAGCACAGAGAGGCUUGGGUGCGUGCGUGCAGACGUGUGUGGGCAUGUGUGUGUGCGUAUGUGUGUGUGCGUGCAUGUGUAUGUAUGUAUGUAUAUGUAUGUAUGUAUGUAUGUGUAUGUGUGCGUGCAUAUGUAUGUAUGUGUGUGUGUUUGAGAGAGGGUGUGUGUGCACGUGCAUGUGUGUGUGUGUGAGAGAGAGAGAGUGUGUGUGUGUGUGUGUGUAUGCACACACAUGCGUGCAUGCAUUUUCUGUGCAUGACUGGAGUCUUGUAUAUCUGAGUCCAAGGUCGGGGGGUGGUGGUGAACUGGUGUCCCUCUGGAAGGAAAUCUUUUUUCUUUUAAUCAAUAUUUUAAUCAGUAUUUCAUUAAUAGUCAAUAUCAUUGUAUAAAACAGAGUAGAAAGUCAAAAUGAAUGAGAGAUACCAAAUAGAGUAAUAUUAUGACAAAACAUAAGUAUAAAUAUAUUUUCUUAGUUGUAAUUUUUAUAUAUUGUUAUCAUUAACUGCCUGUGUCUUGAGAUGUGCUGUAAUUUUAAUAUAUGUGUUGAUCACAUUCUGAAUUAUUUUAGAUAUCUGUCUGUUACAAUAUUUGAAGUUGGUCACAAAUUUGCACAAUUUUAUUUUCUGUUAAUGGAUUUUUGAAGAUGUAUGUUCUGAGACACAGUUGUUAGACUGUUCAUGUUACUAAUGACAUUUAGUUGCGUAUGUGUGUCUUGUCACCGGCAGAAUUUUUUGUUUUUUGAUCUGGAAUUGUAAAACUAGGAGAUAAAUGAACAUUAAACAAUGGGCCUAAUGUGAAAAAAAAGGAAAAGAAUAAAUGCACCUGCAAUUGAACACACAAACAAGCUCAGGACUGCAGAGAUGAAACAGUCCCCAACCACUCAUCUGAGCCUGUGUGCCUAUGUGUGAAUAUGUGACUGUAUGUUGCAGUACUCAUGUGCAUUAAAACUAUAUGACGUGACAUGUACUGUAGAUAAUUUUGUAGCCUAUUUUUGCAGGAUAAUUCUUAUUUAAAUUUUCUUGUCCUGCAUCUGGCGAACUGAUUUAUUGAUGUAAAUUUAAAAACUUUGAUUUUUGAUACUCUUGAAGUAUUGGAUCUUGCAUCAGAAUGAUCUGUGCACAAACUCACAAUUGUAUUUUAUGUACGGAAAAUACUGUACUCAUUGUAAUCUCUAACUAAAACUCUGCCAUCAGUCUUACAUUCAAUUAUCUUUUUCUUUAAAGUCCCAAGAAUAAAAUCUUUUGAAUAUUAUAUGAUUAGCAUAUAUGGUGUGCAGCAAGUGCUGUCACUCUAUCUUUUUCCCCCCUCCCUCCCUCCCUCCCUCUCUCCCUCCAUGGAAGGCCUGAAGUGCUCUUUACUUGGUGUAAAAAUAGAGAACAUUUGGCAAACACAAUUGUUUUAUGAAAAAUCUUAUUAAACACAGAAAUAAAUUUGAUGUUCUGGUGUG